CUGUUUCUUCACACGCCAAAUUGGGCCACAGGAGUACCGCCGGUGACAGACACCAUUGAGAGCGGCGAGCAUUAUUACCUACUUACCUAGCAUUACUUCUCGCUGGUUUCCGCUGCCCAGCAUCAGCUUUGCGACGGCGAUGCGACGACUCUCUUGAUGAGACUCGUCAGCGACCAUGGAAGGAUACCGGCCCGCACACCCCAUACUACCACGACCAGCACGAUUGUCCCGGCUGUACGCGGACGCGAAGAAGAGUGCGCUUGCCAGUCUGCAGGUGCAGUCGACUGCGCAUGCUCAAUUCGCCUCUCUGCAUCGGAAGUAUCGCAUUCAGAAGGAUCGCCUGAUUACCUGGGGCUUGGAGUGGACCGACGCGGGCUCGACGGGCGACGAGAAAGAUCCCAAGAUCGACGAGUCUGUGGCGAAGGCUGGCCUUACCGAGACUGUCGAAAGCGUGCUCACCAACAUCCACGAAGUCACUGAGGAGGCAGAGAGGAUCAAGUCAGCAAGCGUACCACUGGCCAAGGAAGGCGAGGCUUACCCCCAGAAAGCGGCAGUAUUCGACGAAGCGCGAUAUGAGGAUCUCUUGAAAGAUCUGACGACUUCGAUCGACAUCCUCUACGACCUGACGAUAUCACGACGAGCACUUGCGCGCGGCGAACAUCCUCGAUUCGAUACCGUUUCACAGCAGAGUACGGCCAAUGCGCUUAGGGAAGAUCGUAAGGCCAUCUAUGGCGUACAGUCGUUCGCUUCUUCCGAGACGACACUCGUGAAUCCCUCCUUUUCCAAACCCUUUCUCUCACCUUAUGCUGGCUUGCCAGCUCGGAUCGAGGCGUCUGCUUUGAGGCUCCCAGCAGAGGGUCCCCCUCCCUAUGAGGCUGUCGGAGUGCCAUCUACAACUCGCAUGGUAGCGCUGCUGGUUCGCAAGAACGUCUCAUCCACUAUACAGAAUGCGCUUGCCAACAGCGUCGCUCCCGAAGUUCCAGUGCUGGUGGAAUAUGCCAACUACGACGCGACUUACCGACACACUGGGGUACCGCCACCUCUGCAACGGCUUGAAGCACUGGCCUCCCGUUUCCAGCCUAUGCGAGCAGAAUCGCAAACCAACCUGAGUCUACUUGGCUAUUUCGAAGAUGGAGACCAACCCCGAAUCGGUCUGGUGUAUGACCUGCCAUACUCUACACAGAAUAGGUUGCAAGCUGGUGGCCCUGGCGAGCUACUUGCGCCGCUCAGCCUACUCAAGUUGGUCCAGAAAGGCAAUAAAGCUCAAAGCUCCGCGACAGAGAUGGCAGCACCAGCACUGGAACACCGCUUUCGCAUGGCCUUGCGACUGACCGAGCAGUUGCAUUCUCUGCAUGCUCGCGAACUGGCGCACGGGAACAUUAACAGUAGUAGUGUCAUGUUUACCACUACUGCUAAUGAGUCGGAGACUGACUGGGUGGAGCAACUUCGAAAACCUCUAUGGGCCUCAUUUGACCUCUUCUCCAAGUGCAACAUUGAUGGGGUCCCACUGUCAAGCCAGUUGAAUGUGUACAGGCAUCCUUUAGACGAGCCUAGCAGUACCCAUCGAGGUUUCCCUAUCGACAUGAAAUAUGAUAUCUAUGGACUUGGUCUCAUCCUGCUUGAAAUUGGAUUAUGGACUCCUAUUGGUGACUUGUACAAGCCCAAGUACACUUUAGCUGAUUUCAAACUGCGAAUUGAGAAGAUCUGGAUACCCAAGUUGGGCGCCAAAUGUGGAUCUGCAUACAUGCGCGCGGUGGAGACGUGCCUGCGUCUCUCUGACGAUACGGACACCGCAAGGCUCACUGCGGAAGGGGUGUAUGGCCUGUUGCUCCAAUUCUUGAAGAGGUGCUGUUUGUUGGACGAUGUUGGCUCGUCUACGGAACUGAUCCCGGCAGCGGAGUUGAUGUCAGAGCCAGUGUCACCGGCGCAGCCAUCCCGGUCGAUCAAGCGAAGGGGCAUCCGACGUCCAUCGGAAGUGAGUUCAUUGGCGAGGCAAGUAUCCGAGCCGGCAUCUCUAUCUAUCAAGUCUGCUGUGGCGCCGCAACGGUAUAGCACACUAUCUUCGGCAAACGCUACGCGUCGGCAGCCAGCCGCCAAUGUGCUUGAUGCUCCUGUCCGAACUGAACAAACAUCCACCCGUGGACGCGCGAGGCCACAUCCAUCGAUGCACGACUUUAAGCGUCGUGUGACGUUGAUACAAACACGCUGGAGAGCAUGUAAAGCUGCUCAGAAAGCCCGCGAGGCUAAUGCACAAGAGGAAGACGCGAAGGCCGGACGUCAUGCCAAAUCGAAUCGUGAAGAGUUCCUUGACGUGGCCCUGCCUCAGCAUAUUCUUGAUCAUUGGCAGAGCACCAUGUGCUACCAAGUCCUCACGCUGGCAGAGAAAGCACUGAAGGGAUUGGCGGAGUCUAGCUCCAUCCGACUGGCACCGUACGGCGAAUCAAGAGAGACAGCGCGACCAACCAUCAUUAUCGGCUGCAGAUCGACCUCGAAGGUUAAGCACUGUCUCAAACGUCAUCUCAAGUACGAUCCGACCAUCUAUGAUAUUCGCGUGAAAAAGGAGGUCAUCAAGCGAUGCCGAAAGUCGAGGAAAGAGCGCGCACUCUCUGACGCGAACAAUCCUCACCGAAGCAUCGCACCUUGGCGCGACCCGAAUGUGGAGAAAGCUGCCAACCCUGAUUAUCAAGUCCAGCCUAUGUGUGGCGCAUCAAUCGGCGCCUAUCGAUAUGAUGAGCAUCUGCCACCGGUAUCAUUUGGUGGCGUUGUGCUCGUUGAUGGUCGACCGUUUGGCAUGAGCGUCCAUCACAUGCUUGAACCUGAAGAGGACUCUGACGACGACGCUGAUGUUGAAGACGAUGCUGAAGGUGGUGCCGAGGAUGAGUCGGAAACCUCCAGCCUGGGUAGCUCUGAAGGCUCCGAUGAUGAAGACGAUUUGAGCACGGUGCGUCCGCCAUCAGCGCACUCUUCCGACGAGAUGCCGCUCGCUGUGAACGACGACGAGGGGGACUGUCCGGGUAUUGUGCCUGGCGACCUGGAGGAAAUUGCCAUCACUCAACCAGCACUCGACGAUGCUAUCGACCUUGAUCUGCACGCCGAAGAAGACGAUGACGACGAGGCCGACUGCGGCAUUGAUGAAGAUCACCUAUUGUCCUAUCGCCUUGGACAAAUUCAUGCUUCUUCUGGCCUGCGGCGAACCGCCCAAACUCUCGAAGGUGGCUUCAAGAGUAUCAGCCAGUCUCUGCCACAAGAGAUCGACUGGGCACUAUUUGAACUUGUUCCUCCUCGUGUACAGCCAUACAAUGUGAUCAGAGGUGGCAAACGAUAUUGUAAAGGUCGUGGUGAUCGCAAAGGAAAUUCAUUCCCCUGCUCUGUGCGAACCAGUGACGACUUGGCUUGUGCCAAGGUACACUGUCUGGGUCGUACUAGCGGGCUUGCUCAUGGUAUCAUUUCCAGCACCAUGGAGUUGGUCAAGAUCCAUGGCAGGAGUACAUACUCGGCUAGCUGGACGGUCGCAGGCAACUUCGGAGUGGGUGGUGAUUCUGGUGCAUGGGUGAUCAGCAACGACGACGGCAGAGUGUGCGGGCACGUUCUCGCAUCUCGUGCUGGGCGCACGUACAUCUGUCCAAUGGAUCUGCUGCUCGAAGACAUCAGGACUACACUGAAUGCAAACGAGGUGACACUUCCCGUGCUCACCGAACCUAUUAGCAGCCGGCCUGCAAGCAGUAAAGAUUCGCCUACGGAGCAGUGCAUGACGGAAGCAUUGAACAAUUUGAAACUCACGCUUGCCGAAGCAGACGGAGGCGUUGCCAUUCCCGUUGGAGCGAGUUCUGGCAGCAUGACUAUUGAGCCUGUUUGAUGAAGGAGAAGGAAAGGAAGCGCAGAUACCCCAUGAUUUUUACACAUUUAGAC